CACUCUUCCUUUUCUCACUCACACACAAAUGCUUCCUGCUACCCUGCGUUCCGUGCGCUCGUUCUCGACGUCCGUGCGCGCCGCGGCUUCCGACAUUUCGUUUGCCAACCUCAAGGUGCAGAAGGCCGCCCCCGAGGCACGCAAGACCAAGCCCGCCAACAAGGACUUGGUCUUUGGCGCUUCCUUCUCGGAUCACAUGCUCGAGGUGCCGUGGAACAAGCAGUCGGGCUGGGCUGCUCCGAUCAUCUCCCCUUACCACCGCCUCUCCAUCGACCCCGCGUCGAACGUGCUCCACUACGGCAUUGAGUGCUUUGAGGGCAUGAAGGCCUACAAGGACAAGCACAACCAAAUCCGCUUGUUCCGCCCUGACAAGAACAUGGCUCGCCUCAAGUCUUCCUGCGAGCGCAUUGCUCUUCCAUCGUUCAACACAAACGAGUUCCUGAACUGCAUCAAGGAGCUGGUCAAGCUCGAUGCCGACUGGAUUCCCAAGGAGAAGGGCUACUCUCUGUACAUUCGCCCGACUGCCAUCGGCACUCAGGAAUCGCUCGGUGUCGGCGCUUCGAACAGCUCUUUGCUCUUCGUCAUCAACUCGCCCGUCGGCCCGUACUACAAGACCGGAUUCGCUCCAGUCAAGCUGCUCGCCGACACCAACAACGUUCGCGCGUGGCCCGGCGGCACGGGUGGCUACAAGCUCGGCCUCAACUAUGCGCCCACGAUUCUUCCCCAGCUCAAGGCCAUGGAGGACGGCUGCCAGCAAGUUCUCUGGCUGUUUGGCCCCGAGCUUGAAAUCACCGAAGUCGGCACGAUGAACUUCUUUAUGUUCUGGAAGAACCAGAACGGAGAAACCGAGCUCGUCACCCCGCCGCUCAAGGACAUCAUCUUGCCCGGUGUGACGCGCGACUCUAUUCUGUCCCUCGCUCGCUCCUGGGGCGAGUUCAAGGUUUCCGAGCGCAACUUUACCAUCCACGAUGUUGUUCGUGGCAUCAAGGAGAAGCGGGUUAUUGAGCUGUUUGGCGCUGGCACGGCGGCCAUCGUUUCGCCCAUCGGCUGCAUCAAGUUCGAGGGCCAGGACUACCCAAUUCCGCUUGAGCUUGGCGGCAGCGGCAAGCUCACCAAGCGUUUCUUCGACACCAUGAUGAGCAUUCAGUAUGGCGAGUUGGAGCACGAGUGGUCGGUCAUCGUCAAGUAAAUUUUCUGCAACAGAGUUGGGAUUCUGGUGCUGGAUGUGUUGUCGUGACACGAAUACUAGUAGCUUCUGCCACGUCCUUGUGCUACGCCAAUUCAUGUUGGGUACAUUUUCAAAAACAUUGAUCUUUUGUUAUUUUCACUGUACAACGAUGCUGAGCAGGCAACAUCGCAUCAAAACGACAAUCUUGUGUAACG